AUUAAUCACACAGGAAACCGGGUUAGACCAAAAUUAAACACAAGUGAAAAAAAAGCGAAGCAUCCAUCGAGAUGUGGCAUAUAUACAAUCAAAGUUCUCGAGCAUACAAUCACACAUUAGUUCUAGAAACAUUUUGGGUUGAACUGAUGGAAAUUUCGCAACAUCAUUUCAGAAAACAAGAACCAAUAUGGCGACUCGGAACAAAAUCCAUUGCCAACAAUCAAACAAUUGAUCUUCAUACUAGAUGUUGCACAGAUGAAUCGAACCAUCAUUUUUUAGUUGAAAGAUCUAAGUGAACAGGAAUAUCUUAGGUGUUUAGUAUGACAAAAGAAGACAUGAUUACUUGUAUUACGGAUUGUAUAAGUAUUAAUGUAUUAUCUACAUAGACUUUCUUAACAAUGCUUAUUUUGCAUAGAAGCCCGUGAACGAUAAUCAUACUUAACUUUAUACUCAAAUAAAUGAAAUGAUACAUAAACCGAUACAUUACUUAUCUGAAGAUCUCGAAGACGACCACUUACCACCUACAAGCUAUGAAGUAAACGAGUUACCAAUCUUAAUAAUAAUAUCAAUCAAUGAUGCAAUGUUCCAUAUAAAAAUUUAUCCCAAAAGCUAGAGAAAAAAGAGUGAUUGUAGUUGCUGAUAUCUUAAUGACAAAAAAAACAGUGUCAUUACAUAGGGAUCUAAUUGUCCAAAAUAAUACUUUAGGGCAUACUGUUAACAACGAUAUAUUACAAGGACGAAAAAUGCGAAAGAAAAAGGGUUGCUAUUCGUCGCCUUAAAAUUCCUUAUUCGUCGCCCUAAUUAAGAUAAUUUCACUCUAAUAUCCUUAAUUCAUUUAUUCGUAGUUUAAACACUUAAACCCAAAACAAAUUACCGGGAAAUAAAAUAAAAUUGACAUCGACUCAUCGCCGGCCGCCGCUGUGCGAUUUACAGUCCAUAACAAUGGCGGUGGGGCUCAAGUUAAAUCCAAGUUUUGCACUGAAAACAAAAACACCAAGACGUCCCCCUGUCCCUGGUCAAAUGAAUUCCAAGAAUCCCCUUACUUUGUCGAAUUAAUUCCCAGCGAGAUAAUCUUUGGAAAAAAAAAACCCCUAAACCCUUACUCUGUUCUUGGAGCUCUGUUUAUGUUUCUCUUCUCGUCCUUUUUUAUUUGGUAAUUGGGUUAGUUGUUUGGUGGGGGACUAGGAAGUGGAAUCGUUUCCCCUUUCAUGAAGCGAGGAAGAUAAGAAGGGCUGAUGGAAAUAAUAGAUGAGAUUGCAGAGGACGGACCGGAGCGGGCGACACCUUCUUCUUCGAUUUGAGCGGCGACGGAUUUCGAUUGGGGAUGAAGAAGGGAUUAGAGAUUGUUUGGUUAGGGUUUACAACUGAAAUUGAGUUGAGGAUAAAUAUGUUAAUUUGUUGCGUUUUAGGGUGAUAAAAUUUGGAUUUUAGGGCAAUGAAUAGCAAUAAAAAAAAAAGGAGAGGUAGGAGUUUGACGGUGGCAUAAUUUCUCAAGCUAUAAAUGGUUAGUUUGGCGGCCAGUUUCGUACUUUCCAAUCCUUCUCCGCGUCGUCGACUCUUUUUCUCUCUCCCCAGGAUCUAACGAAAGAAGGAGCCAAAGAAACAACCUUUCCCCGAUCGAUCUCCUCCUCUCUCUGUCUCUAUCGAAUUUGAUCGCUGCGCGUGUCGGAAGAAAGAAACAUUGUUGUUGGAGAACAACAUCGAGAAAACGGGAUGUCGGGGAAAGGCGCCAAAGGAUUGAUGGCUGGGAAAGCCGCGGCUCAAUCCAAAGACAAAGACAAAGACAAGAAGAAGCCUACCUCUCGUUCUUCUCGCGCCGGCCUUCAGUUCCCUGUGGGACGAAUCCACCGCCUCCUGAAAUCAAGGGUCACAGCUCAUGGGAGAGUUGGUGCAACAGCGGCAGUCUACUCUGCAGCAAUCUUGGAGUAUCUGACUGCAGAAGUGCUGGAGCUGGCUGGUAAUGCGAGCAAGGAUCUGAAAGUUAAACGUAUAACGCCUAGGCAUUUGCAACUAGCAAUCCGUGGAGACGAAGAACUUGAUACCCUCAUUAAAGGAACCAUAGCUGGAGGUGGUGUCAUCCCUCACAUUCACAAGUCUCUAAUCAACAAGUCUGCCAAGGAAUGAAUUGAAACCUGAAAAGAAAAGGCCAUUCAUUUAUAGGAUUAGUUUAUUCGAGUCCAUCUGUAUUGUUAAGAUUCUUCCAUUGGGGGGUUCCGGGUUUGGUUUGAGUGUACAUUCUGCUUAAAAACUCAGAUUGAUGAUAGUUAAUUGAUAGAAACCUUCCUUUGAUCUGAUUAUUUAGAAUGUCGACUUGCUGCUUGUCCCAGUACUGUAUGACUGGAUGUCAUUCUUAAAACCACAGAAAUACUUCCACUGCUGUUAAACUUAUCAUCCAAACCGUAAAAGGGCUCCACAUUGCAUCAUUCGACGGAAGACGCCUAAAUUUCA